AUGGCAUCUCUACUCCGCCUCCCAGCUCCCCUCCCACCAACAUCCCUCACACUGGGCCAACUCAUCACCGACCCUCUCUCCAACAACUCCCUAUCUCACACACCGUCAAUCGCCUACGACGAAACCAACAGUGUCCCAAUCGCCCAAAAAACAACCCUCAGAACCCUCACAAACCCCACCACAUUCCUCUCCCACCUCGCCCACUCCCCGCAAACCCUCUCCUUCCUCCGCAAAACAACCCUCCAACGUAAACCAAUCUACCUCGUCACCGCCCUGGAAACCACGCAGAAGCCCUCUUCCUCUACCGCAUCCUCAACCUCCGUGCGCCGCGUAGACUCCGCAUCAGACAUCCACUCUAAAUCCUCAAAGCAGCUAGAGGAUGAGUCGAUAUUAGCGGUGGGGCUAAGAGAGGUGAAAUGCAAAAUCGAGGAUAGAGAGGCGCCGCAUGCGUUGGAGGAUAUUGGGUUUGAGUGGGGGUAUUAUGAGGAUGGGGAGGAGGAUGGGCAGGUGGCUGUUGGAUUGGGGGGUGUGCUGAGUAAAGGGGAGGAUCGUGGGGAUGGGAGUGAGAAGGGGAGGAAGGAACAAAGAGAAGAAGAGGAUAGUGGAGAUGAAGGCAUUGGAGGGUUUUGA